GUUUAAGAACUUCUUAACGAUAAGAACAACAACAACAACCAUACGAAAAAACAACGCCUCAACAUUUACAUUAAAUUAUCAUUCACUUUAAGCCAAUUAAUAUGGCAUCGGCUUUGGAAUCUUACGUUAACAAGACAGUGUCAAUUGUGACAGCAGAUGGUCGAGUAAUAGUGGGUCAACUCAAGGGGUUUGAUCAGACUAUCAACCUGAUCUUGGACGAGAGCCAUGAACGCGUGUACAGCAACUCAGAGGGGGUGGAGCAGGUCAUCCUUGGGCUGUACAUUGUACGAGGAGAUAAUGUGGUAUGCAUUGGGGAAGUGGAUGAUGAAGUGGACAGGUCUUUGGACUUUACAAAUAUACGAGCAGAUCCUCUGAAUGCAAUCAACCACUGAGAGUUUCCUGCUAGCUGGCUCAAAAAAUACUAUCUUGCUGACAUAAAAUAAUACCAGUGUUUUUUCUGGAUCUCAUUGAAAUACUGACUUGAAAUGAAAUGAUGAUUCUGAGCAGAUUGCAGAUUGUUGGAUGAAAGCUCUGGAAAAUACAUUCUGCAGAAAGACACUGUAAAUAUUUGUACAUAAUCGGUAUUCCACAUUGUAGUCGCGUCUUUGUUGUGUAAGACAUCAUAUACAUUUGUAUAUUAACACAUUUUAACCAUU